GGGUAUAUAUACUUCCCCGUGUAUCUUGUUUCUACACCUGUCCGCUCGAACCCUAUAUGGUACAGCCAUGGAUAGCAAAAACAGUAGUCCGUGGUCGUUCAUACUCCCAAUUUUCUUGCUUUGCUCAUCUCUAUGCACCCACCUCUGUCUUGGCACAGACACGCUCGAUGCAAAUCGGUCUCUAUCUGGUAAUCAAACCUUAACCUCCUUGGGUGGCAACUUUACGCUUGGCUUCUUCUCGCCGGGUAACUCCACGUACUCUUACAUAGGCAUCUGGUAUAACAAAAUCAGCGUGCAAACCGUCGUCUGGGUUGCCAACCGAGACAACCCCAUCACUGACAGGCACUCCACUGAACUGAAGGUCUUGGGUGGCAAUCUUGUGAUUGUUAACAACUCCGAAGUCCCCGUUUGGUCCACGAAUCUGACUGCUUCUUCAUCUGGAUCGAGCUCCAUGGUGGCGGUUCUUGAGGACGACGGCAACUUCGCUCUCAAAGCGGCGCCGAAUUCUUCCGUGACUCUGUGGCAGAGCUUUGAUCACCUGACGCACACGUGGCUUCCCGGUGCCAAAUUAGGGAUCGACAAGCGCAAAAACACGAGUCAGCACUUGACAUCAUGGAAGAACGCCGAGGACCCUUCGACAGGUUUGUUCUCUCUCCAUCUCCAGCCAUCCAGUGACGGUGAGUACUACAUAUGGUGGAAUGAGUCUAAGCAAUACUGGACUAGUGGGGCGUGGGACAAUCAGAUGAAAAUUUUCUCUUUGAUCCCUGAAAUGAGAUUGAACUAUAUUUACGAUUUCAAAUAUGUGGACAAUGAGAACGAGAGCUACUUCACCUAUUCAGUCAAAAGCUCCGCCAACACCACAUCAAGGCUUGUGAUUGAUUUUUCUGGGCAGAUCAAGCAGUAUUCCUGGUUGCCUUCUUCCCAGUUGUGGAACUUGUUCUGGUCGCAGCCCCGGCAACAAUGUGAGGUGUAUGGACUUUGUGGGCCUUUCGGUGUUUGCAGCGAGAAUACCAUCAAUUUCUGCAGCUGCUUGCCUGGGUUUAGCACCACGUCUAUGAGGGAUUGGAAUCUGAGCGAUUGGUCUGGCGGUUGCAAGAGGAAUUUAGACUUGAAUUGUGAGGAAAAUGCUUCAAAUGCGGAGAGAGACCAUUUCUCGCUUAGUUCUAACAUGAAAUUGCCUGAUGAUCACCAAUCUUCAGAUGUCGAGAGCGAUACAGAAUGCCGAGCUGCUUGUUUGAGAAAUUGCUCUUGCACGGCUUAUGCUUUCGAGAAUAAUGCCUGCUCAAUCUGGAUUGGGGAUCUCGUCAAUGCACAACAGCUCUCACAAAGUGACACCAAUGGAAAAAGCUUCUAUCUCAGGCGUGCCGCUUCUGACGUUCAGGAUACGAGCAAGAAGAGCAAUGUAAUUGCGAUAAUUGCAGGAUCUGUUAGCUCCGCAGUAGCGAUAUUAGCCAUUGUCUUGUUUGGCGUUUGGAGAUGGAGGAGAAGGGCAACCGUAAAAACAAAGACAAUGGAGGGUUCGCUGAUAGUUUUUGCAUACCGGGACUUGCAAGUAGCAACAAAGAAUUUCUCAGAGAAGUUGGGUGGGGGUGGGUUUGGUUCAGUUUUCAGAGGAACAUUACCUGAUUCAAGUCACAUAGCAGUCAAGAAGCUUGAAAGCAUAAGCCAAGGAGAGAAGCAAUUCCGAACAGAAGUAAGCACAAUCGGCACCAUCCAGCAUGUGAAUCUUGUUAGGCUCCGCGGGUUUUGCUCUGAGGGUGAAAAAAGGCUGUUGGCCUACGAUUUCAUGCCAAAUGGUUCCUUAGACUAUCAUCUCUUUCAUAGAAAGGACUCGAAGACCUUGGAUUGGAAAACAAGGUACCAAAUUGCUUUGGGAACAGCUCGAGGUCUGGCUUAUCUCCAUGAAAAGUGUAGAGACUGCAUCAUACAUUGCGACAUCAAGCCAGAGAACAUCCUUCUAGAUGCUGAAUUCUGUCCAAAAGUGGCAGAUUUUGGCCUGGCAAAGCUUGUUGGCCGAGAUUUCAGCAGGGUAUUGACUACCAUGAGAGGCACAAGAGGGUAUCUUGCGCCAGAGUGGAUCUCUGGAGUGGCCAUAACAGCAAAAGCUGAUGUUUAUAGCUAUGGAAUGAUGCUUUUUGAGUUUGUGUCAGGAAGGAGGAACUCAGAGCUAUCGGAAAAUGGGGCCGUCAAGUUCUUCCCAACAUGGGCUGCUAGUAAGAUAGCUGAAGGAGGUGACCUGCUUGAUCUUUUGGACCCAAACUUGGAGACAAACGCUCAUACUGAAGAGCUAACUAGGAUAUGCAGAGUUGCUUGCUGGUGUGUUCAAGAUGAGGAAACUCACAGGCCAUCGAUGGGGCAGGUUGUUCAAAUACUCGAGGGGGUGUUGGAUGUGAACCUGCCCAGGAUACCGAGAGCCCUUCAACUGCUUCUUGAUAAUCAGGAGCAUGUAGUUUUCUUCACUGAGUCAUCAUCAUCGAACCAGAAUUCCCAGACGAAGAGUAAUGCCUCAACUGCUUCCUUGCAGAACCCAAAUAGUUCAUCUUCGACGAAGUCCGAGUCUUGAGGAUGAUAAGAUAAAUGCGUAGUACAAGAAGUGCUUCAGUUGGAUAGUGCAUAUGCUCUUCUGCUUUUUCUGUAGUCAAGAGAGAACCUCAGCAUUCGCGGCUUGGCUUUCUUGGGGCUUUUCCCCUAGCUUUUUUCGUUAAAUAUAGCUACAAGCAAGCUUCGAAUAAGUGCUAGGCCAGACCAGUUGUAAAGAUCCUUCAUUCUAUACAAUGAUCUGCUGUCAGGCGCGUGUGUAGUAGCCUGCGUAUAAGGCGUCUAUCUUCACUGCAUUUGGACUUUUAUAGCAUCGAUUCAUUGUUCGUCCCUCCUGCCUUUUGUAACAAGGACAACAUAUAUUGCGGGGAAAUAUAUAUGAAGACGUAUAAGCUACAUUUA